CACAACUAUCCACACAUACCCCACAGCAUGGCGUUCCGCGACCAGCGUAUAUCGGUGGUGUCCAACUCUCUCGAGCAGAACUCGAGCUGGAUCUACUUGGUGGACUGGAUCUUAGCCCUCAUUUUGGGGAUAGCGUUCGUGUUCUACUUUAACCGACUUGUGGGAUGGGUACUAUCGCAGCUUUUCAACAUCUUGUUCCAGAAGAAGUGUGGAGUCAAGCUCCAUAUGCAAGCAUUCAAGGUGUCUCCGUUGGGAGGGCGUAUUGUCGCCAAGAACCUCACCAUUAUUACCCAGGACUACACCAUAUCUAUCAUAAAGCUCAACUUGACCUGGCGAUACUGGCUUUUCAAGCUCACACGAAUAUCAGCAUACUUCAUAGAUCGAAACGAUUCAGAAGGCGUGGACAUGGACAGCGAAAACAAGAAACUCCCGUUCCGGUUCUUGUUGAGCUUGGAUGGGGUGGAGGUAUUCUACUACAAUAGAACAUUUGCAUACGACGGGAUCAUCGAAACCCUCUCCCAGCAAGACCAAGGCAGAAGCAGCGACGAGUGGUUUUCAAAGGAGUCUACCCACAGCUCCAGCAUGAGGUAUCGGAAUACCAGCAAGUCGGUGUCGUCUUCUGAAAAUAGCAUGAAGAACAAAGAAGACCCGCAAUUAAAGCCUUUUUCUCCUCCUAUGUUCCUUUCCAUGUUGCCCCUCAAAAUUAGAAUCAAGAAAGGUGCUAUUGUCAUGGGUAACAUAUCCACCCCCUCCAUUCUAGUAGCAUCGUUCAAAUCGGCCAAUGGGGCAAUCGAUUUGACCAAAUCCCCCAAUCCUUUGGACCACUAUAGGUUUUGGCAUGAUAUCAAUUUUGACACCUUUCAGUUAUGGAUGAAACCAAAUAUUUCUCACGAAAGAAACAGAUACGCAAAUUCAGAAGACCGUGACACAGAGAUUGGUCUCAAAAACUUGAGCCAUAUGAAGAAAUACAGCCAAUGGUACAAAUUCAAAAAGUCUAUCAACAAAGUGCAAAAUUUGUUUAAUAAGGCACAAUCACGAAGAAAACAAAAUUCGAAUCUAGAUUUGGACUCCUUGAAUGAAACUUGGAAAGGGUUAAGAAGAUACGUUGGUGCCCAGGAGGACGCGAAUCUCUCCUCAAUCAUUAGUUCUGAUGAACAGUAUGCGAAGUACACUCUUAUCCUUGAUUCGGUUGUCACUAGAAUAGUGUAUUAUUAUGACAGUCCUGGCCAUGUUAUUCCAAAUUACCCACUGGUUCCCGUUCCAGAACAUGGGGUCGAGAUCGAACUUUCUAUGGCAACAAUUUAUUAUGGACCUUGGACAGACAAGCAAAGAGUACCAUUGCAGGCCGUGUUCUUUCCAUCAUUAGCACGGGAUUCGCAGCCCAAGUCCCUUCCACUGGCAUCAGGUAUGUCAAGAGAAUAUGCUGGCUUUAAGAUUACUACUAUAGUCAAAGACGAGGUAAUUUUUCGAGUACCCACCAGAGAAAAAAGUAAAGACAAAGAAAUGUUGAAGUUGAAGAAUCAACAGAAUCAUCAACAUCCACAAUCUCAACAACCUUUGAAUAAAGUAUCAAGACCAUUUGGAUGGUUGGAAUUGAAGUUGAGCCAAGGUUCAACGUUUUCGUUCUAUACUUCUUACAUUUCUGACAAAGUGAAUGGUUGGGACAACAGGAUGAAUGUUCUCUUCAUAGAGCCUGAAAUUCGGACCUCGGUCAACCAUGAUAUACUUUUUAUCGCUGAUUCUCACGAGAUUAAUGCUAAAGUCGGAUAUCCAUUGGAGUGGAAUGGAAAGUGUGAAUGGCAGUUUGACUUCAUUUCAGAUAAUGCUAGAAUAUUCUUCCUCAGGGAACAUACUCUUCUUUUUUCUGAUAUAUUUGGGGAUUUUGCAUCAGGUGCACCUACACCGUAUGAAGAAUUUAGGCCAUUUAUCUACAAUAUCAGAUGGGAAUUACAAAAUUACAAGUUGUACCUUAAUGUUAAUGAUGCUAAUAUCAUCAACAAUCCGUUAGAUUUCAAUGUUAACAAGUAUUUAUCUUUUCAAGGUGAUUCAUUGACAUGUGAUUUGUCUAUUCCAUUAUAUGGAGAGUUCACGAAGUCAAGUACUGUCUCCUACAGUAUCAAGACUUCGUUCUUCGAUCUAGUAUUAGAUACUCCUCCUUGGCAUACAGCCAAGACCUUUAUGACAGAGAGUAAUGUUGUGGGAAGAAGUAACAAUUUCACCAUUGAUGGAUCGUACACUUUCUUCAGUUCAAUUGAGAUUAAUACGUCAGACUAUAUUGAAAUUCGCAUGGUCGGUGAUUUUGUCACUUUGAAAUUUUACGGUUACCUCAUCAAGUACUUAUUUAUGAUCAGGGAGAACUACUUUGGAGACCACAUUCAUUUUAGAACAUUCGAAGAAUUCACCAACACCGCUGAAACAGAUGGAAUGGAAUCAGCUGAGAGUGUUUCAAAAGUUUCUAGCUUGUCUUCGGAUCAACCUGAAGUUGACUUUUGGAAAAUAAUCAAGACCGAUAAUGACGUGGACAUUUUAUUCACUUUCCAAGUACGGCAUGGAUUGAUUGUUUUGCCACUUAACUUGUAUGAUUGCAAGUCACACAUUGGUCUCUCAUUUGAGUCAUUAGAUGUGGACAUUAGAUUCACCAAUUAUUACAUGGAUUUACAAGGUGAUCUCAGUCCAAUAUCUGCUCUGCAUGUGAGUGACGCCAUUGUAGUUGAAAAUACAGGUAUCAACGAUAUCAUAUUUGACAUACCAUACUACAAAUCAUUAUUUUUGAAUGGCACCCCAGAUCUCACCAUUGAUGGAUUAAACAUCCAUGCCCACAGAAUGUUUGGAAUACCCCCAGAAGAAAUUACAUACUACUGUAAGUGGGACUUCGAGGCAGGAGCUAUUUCUAUUGAUUCUGACCUUGGCUUUAUUACUUCCUUAGGUACAGCGGUUCAGAAUUUUGUCUAUGGGUAUAAGGACAUCGAGAAUACCAUGAUCAUUCCAGAGCCUAUUGUCUUCGAUGCUCUUAAUCUAUCAUUCAGGUGCAGUGAUUUGCAAUUAAAGUUGUCUGUGGCAGGGGCAGAAGGUGACGUUUUCUGCAUGAUCUAUCUUAGACCUAUUUUGUUUUCUUACAAUGAUAUGGCUAACAAGAGGUAUUCCACAAGAGCAUCAGCACUGAUUCCCUUUAUCCUGGCCGAAAUCAUAGGUGAGAAGGACGGAACUCGGGCAGUCUUGGGUGCUUUGAAAACUUCUUUGGUAUUCAAUAAUUUCUGUCAAAAGAAAGACAUGUUGGAGCAUAGAAAGAAUCAACAAGAUCACAUCAAGGUCAAUGAUACACCAUUUCACAGAUCCCCAUUCUUAUUAUUUGAAGAAAAUAGAGAUGGAACUUAUGAUGAAGGCUAUGGUUGUUUCCUAACCAACCUUGCUCUUCCCGAUGUCAACCACCCACUCAAUUCAUUUUCCUAUUCAAAAUCAACAGUUAAUAGGAAUUCAUUCAAUGGUAAAAAGGAAACGGACUCUUUGCAAGAAUGGGAUGAUUUCAGUGUGAGGAAGACUCCCUCCAAUCCAUUCAAUCCCGAGGAACCAGGGUUUGGCAGCGAAGAAGAGUUCUAUCCUACACAAAACUAUGACCCCAGUGACUAUACAGCAACUUAUGAGCCAGAUCCAAUGUUUGAAUAUGAUAAUAUAAUUAUUGAACUUGGUGACAUUCACUCAUUCUUAACACCAUGCGGCUUGCUUCCAAUUGCAAUAUUGCUCCAGGAAAAAGAUAACUUUUCACUAGAUAAUGUAAUGGACAAGCUUCAGUCGGAAGUGGUAUCAAGUUUAAAUGCCUACUUUUCAGCGUUGUAUUCAAUUGUGAAUAUAAGACUUAUUACCCAGGAGAUUUCAAUUAAGUUUGGAUCGUUUGAAGUCCAGCAAGCUAUGGAAGUUUUUGAAAAGUCUCCUAAAGUACCCCAUACUAAUAUUUUGAUAAUGGAACCCUCAUUAGCACUAUCAAUCAAAACUGAGAAGCCAGAGAAAUUAAAGACCAUCCAAAUUGAAACAGAUGUGACAAUGGCAAUUCAUAUUAAGGAACUCUUUUUGUCAAUUGCUAAUCCAUCUAGUUUCAAACUGCCUAUCUCAUUCAGUGUCAAGGAUGUGGAGAGUUGGGCUCAAAUUCCAAUUGAUGAAGAACUGGUCACAUCGACCAAUAUUGAAGAAAUUGAUUUAGAUAUACAGGAAGACCAAUUCGAGUGGUUGAUGCAGUAUUCUUUUGAACUUUAUCAAAAGAUUGUACCAGCUAUAGAAGAAUUCUCCAAACCCAAGAUAACCGAAAAUCAAGCUAUGGCGGCAUUGGUUUAUAAAUUGACGAUAGCUUCAGUUGAUUUUUCAAUCGAUAAUGACUCGGAUGUUUUGACCAAGCCUGCCAAUAUUUUAAGAUCGAGUGACGAGCAUGUUAGGUUUUUUGAUAGCUGGAAAAUCAGCUCUAGAUUAAGGCAUAUUUUGAGCAAUUUGCCGAAGGAAUGGUGUGAAAAAGAGAAUUUGGUUUUCAAAACCAGUAAUUGGCAGGUUCCUGAUACUGCUGUUGAUGAGAUAUCAGAUAUAUUUUCGCGUUGGAGAAGUUGGGAAGCAAACCAUGAUCAGAGAGCUUUUUUCUUCAACUACGUUUUACUGAAGAGAAAACAAGAAAAAGACAAAAAGAAGAGUUUCAACGCACAGUUUAAUAUUCCAGAAAUGUUAGUGAAUAUUUCCAGUAGCUCUGGCAUUUUUGAUUUCCUCAAUAUCCAGAGUGCUAGCGUUAUUGCUCGUGUGUACAAUGAAUCCAGAGAUAAUAGCUCAAUAGGGUUGGGCGUGUUCAAUAAUGUUUCUGUUUCAGAUAUCAUUUUCAAUUUGGUUACAUACAAGAGUCAUUUAUCCACAAUUUCUAUGAACAUGCUCAAGAAGGGUCUUGCAUUCAUGCAUUCUAACAAUAAAAAUGGGAAAACUGAAGUCUCGGUGGCGGAAAUGGAAGUAAUUGAAAAUCCUCUGGAGUCGCCAAAACAGCAGAAUGAUCAAAUUCCUGCUAAUCACCAGAUUUCUCUUUUAUUCAAUCUCGAUAAUUUUGAACAAAAUGUCCAAUUACCGAGUACUAAAGUUAAAUUGCUAUCUGAAUCUAUCACUUGGUCAAUUGAAUCCUCCAUCUUUGGUAAACUUGAAGAUUUGGCUUUAUUCUCCUUUGCCAACAAAUCGUCAUACUUUGAUUUAUCCAUUUCCUCGAGCGGCUCCAAACUUGGCUGUGUUACUGUGAUUGACUUGGAUGCACUAAUUACAAAUGCUGGAGGGAUAAAAGAUGGUUUGAAAAUUGCAGAUCUAUCAAUUGAGAAGGUUUCUGUCAAAGUAUUUGAUAAGAAUGAGGAGCUAUUGGACAGUAUUACCAGACUUAUCGAGCAGGAUAUACCUUUCUUAGAGGCGCUUGUCCCUUCAGAAGUUACCUCAACGCCAUCUGUAACUGCUGUUUCCAGGCCACAAUUGAAUACGAAGUCACUGCAUGGUACUUCAGCCAUUUCAGGAUUAUGUCUUCAAAAUAUUGCUGAUUUUGUUCUAAAGAUUGAUAUUAGGGAGUUCACUUGGGUUCUUGAAGUGUUGAGUCCAUUGCAUGUGAGCGGUGUUGUGCUUGACAAUAAGUUUAGUAUUGAGAAUUUGGGUGGAACGCUCUUAGUAGAAUCUUUCAUUCAAAAGGUGGAUCUUGGAGUGAGAAUCCAUAGAAGUCCAAUUUUAGAGUUGCUGAACUCCCAAAUACUUACAAGCAUGAAGUACAAUUGUAACGAAGAUCUCAAUUUGUUAUCAUUUACAUCGAAUACCGGUUACACGAAGCUAUUCGUUUCUCUGAUUGUUGAAUCCAUGGAAAUCGUUUUGAAGAACUUAAACAAUUUGAAAGCUAGUGCGGAUGGAUGGGAAAAGAUAUUCAAGAGCGACAAAAGUGUUAGCAAGCCAAGGAGCCUGUCGAGCAGCCCAAUAAGAAUCUUAGACCUGUUGGCAUUUAAGGCUAAAUUGAGUAAUGAUUACAUUGGUGUCUCUACUUUGGAUGGGAAAACAAAAUACUCCUUUGAAGUUGAAAGUGCUUCUAUUGGGGUCUACAAUGUUGCCAACACUUCGGACAAUAUCCAUAAGAUAGUUCCGCUUUAUGGAAACUUUGAGAUACCAACUUCACGACUAAGUGUUAUCGAUCGUUCUAUUCCUAUUGGGCUCUCUAAUAUCUUGGAUGUUAACAUAGCGGUGAGAUUAUUGAACUCUCCCGAUGAUACUACAGAUUUGCAGUCUCUACAGGUGGAGUCGCAGUACUGUAGGGUCUGUUUGAGUUCUCCAGUUUUAAUUAAAAGCAUUGGGCUUGUUGAUAGCAUUAUGAAAGUCAUCGACUCAGAAGACUUCGCAUUCCUUAAAGCCAAAUAUUUAGAGGAUUCGGCUUCACCUGAACCUAUUUCAAGAAGCUCUACGUCGUCUUCACCCCUGGAGACCUACUCGUUUCUUGACAACUUCUCCACGGUCCACCUUUUAGCUUACAACUUCUGUUUUGGAUGGCUUUUCGAAGACUCACCUAAGGAUUAUCCAGGUGUUAUCAUAGGAGCUGAGCGAUUCUUUGCAAUUAUGGAAGAAAAGGUAGGCAAGUUAACAUUGAUGGAAGCAUAUCUCUCAGUGGCUAAUGGGACAAGGUCUUCCAACUUCUUUAGUUCCCUGUCUGAGAAAAACAACUUGAAUAGAGCUUUCUUGCCCACCAUGCAAUUAGUCUAUACUAUAGAUAAGGUUGAAGACAAGAAGAGCAUGAGGAUAAACAUUCAUGGUGAUGAAUUGGAUGUUAAGUUCCUUUCAAAUUCCGUGGUCAUUGUGGGUUAUGGAGUUAAUUCAGUAUCUCAAAUGCAAAAGUUCUUUGCUAGUCGUUUGAAAAAUAAUCCGCCUGUUGUGAAGCCAUUACCGAAGGAAAGUGAACAGCCAAAUGAAUAUAUUAGCACCUUUAAGCUGGUUUUCGACUCUAUCGAAUUAGUUGCCACUUAUGAAGGUUCAAACGUGUUACUUUACCGAUUAAGUGACUCAUCCUCAGAAUCCGCCCCAUCAUUGUUCUUACAUUCUCCAGCAGUGAAGGUUGCUGGAAUGUACAGACAUGAUAAACUGGCAGCCAAGAAGCAUAUUUUCAAGGGUGAAGUGUUGACAACAUCCUCGGACAACGUUCUCUACCCAUCUUGUAUCCCAAUUAUUUUUGACAUCGUUGAAGGUAUCAAAGAUAUGAUGCAUAAAGCAGAAAAACAGACCCCUACUGAAUUGAACAAAGGGAUUGAAACUGCACCAGUUUCAUCUAAGGGCUUUGAUUUUGCUAAUGUCUUUAGUGAUAUUGAUAUCCACUUUGGUGUUAGAAUUGAAAAACAAGCACUUACCCUUAGCUGCGCUCCAACAGCGAAGGUUGCGGCUAUUGUGGGUUUAGAGGGCAUUUACAUUCAAUUGAAUAGUGGAACGACAGAUGACCCUAGUAUGGUGCUAGCUAUUUUGUUUGAUUCUGUUUCGGCAUCAUUGCAACAUGUCUAUUCUAGGGAAAUCAGUGGAACCAUCAGUAUCAAGAAUGCUAUGCUUACAAGCUCCAUGGAAUUUGGCGAGGUUGCAAGUAUUCUAUCCUCGGGAUCCUUAGUAGAUGUUGACGGUUAUGUCAAUGUCAAGCAAUUUCAGGAUGUCGAAUUGUUCAAGGAUAUUUGGUUCCCCAAGGAAUACUUCCGUGGAGAAGAAAAUAGAGAGCAUUAUGUGGAUCCAAACUAUCUAUUGCAAACUAGAUCUGAGCUUGCUUCAAAUAAGAAUAUUUCAUCUAGAUUCAGAGAGGUCUCCACGUCGUAUGCUAUCCCUUGGGUACUUACAUUUAUUGUUUCCAAUAUUAAUUUGAGAGUCGACUUCGGACAAGCAUUAGGAAAUUUCAAGUUAAAGUUAGGGAAACUAUGGGCAGUAUCAAAGAAGUCUACUGACUGGGCCCAGGAUUUGAAGAUGGGAAUUGACACAAUUAGUUUAGAAUCUGAAGGUAGAUUGGGCGGGUCAUUUGAUAUUCAAAAUGUGAAUAUUCAUACUGCCAUUAGCUGGAAAUUGGAGAACGGUACAACAUUAGAUGUACCAUUAAUUUUGUUGUCGGGAGGUGUUGAUGAGCUUGCUCUCAAAAUGUCAUUUGACUACCAUGUUUUUGCAAUUGCCAAUAUCCAAAAAAUCAGUAUUGACGUGUUCAACCAGAAGAAUGAAAUCAGCAUAUCCAAAGAUCACUUAUUUGUUUGCAUGAAUUUGGACUCCGUGGAGUUGUAUAUCACAUCAUUAACUGCCUCUAACUGCUUAGAUAUCUACCACACGAUCUCAAGAAUGAUCCAAGAGAACAAGAAGUCGUACAAGGAGACGCUUCGUGAAUCUUCAAGAGGAAAGAGUAUAUCCAAAAAGUCUAUUGGAGAUCGAACUAAAUCAUUCACUGGAGCAGAUAUUUUGGAAACGGUGAAAAAGCUAGAGACAAGAAUUCAAGUCAUUGCUGGAAGAAUUCUCCUUCACGUUUAUCCUUCUUCUUUCGAUGAUUCAAAGGUCUUGGUAGUGCAUUUGGAUGAGUCAAGAGCAAAUUUCCAGCAAAAUGAAUUCAAGGAGGGUAUAUCUAACGACUUAGAGAUACAGUUCAAUGACUUGAACGUCUCAUUAUCGAUGACCUCAACAGUACUGGAGGACUUUAUUGCCCAGUGUAAAGUUGAGGAGUUCGUGGAGUAUGCGCAAAAGGCCCGUGGAGGAACUAUUUUUGUCUUUCCUUCUUUUAAGAUUUCCAUGAGAACUUAUCAGAAGUAUGACAACAACGUUAUUGAAUACCUUUAUCAGUCGUCUUUUGGAGGAACCGUGGAUGUUCGUUGGAAUCUUGGAUCGGUCAAUUUCAUACGUGAAAUGUACUCGAUCCACUCCAAGGCGUUGAAUUCUCGUAUCGAAUACAGAAAGAACUCGUUUGACUCUACUAAGUUCAACGAAGAUAUCUUUAACACUCAAGGUACAAAAUCUUCUUCUAUUUUGAAGCUGAAAUUGGACGAAGAGGAUCCUACCGAAAAGAUUGAUCAGGCUAUCAAUGAAACUUUGAAUAAAGUGUCAGACGAAUCAAAAUACGUCUAUCUGCCAUUAGCUCCCGCCAUUAUCGAGGCACCACAAUUGAAGGAAUUGGGAAAUGCUACUCCACCACUAGAAUGGUUCGGUUUGCACAGGGAUAAGUUUCCAAAUGUCACACAUCAAGUCGGGAUUGUUUCUUUGCAAAAAUUGAUGCACGAGGUAGAGUCCCAGUAUUCCAAGCUUUUAGGUAAAGCAUAAUUAUGCAUUUUAAAAUUCUCCGAGAAUUUAGGGUUAAUUAGUUUUUCCUAGUUAAACUACCUUGCGAUCUGGGGGAUAUGAAAAUAUUCCACAGUUAAUUUAAUACAUUU